AUGCUAAUUGUGCCCCUGGGUAGUCCUACGAGGGCCUGCGCCAAGACUUCUGUUGAUGAUGUUGAUGCUGCAGAUGGUGACGGUGGUGAUGGAAGUGGCCUAGUUGAUGGCUUCAUUCACAAGAUUGUAAUCCUGCACAACAAUGAGAUUUUUGGCUCGUGUUUCAUUCACGUGCUGAGCACCAACCUCUGCAUGUGGGCGGACGUCAUGGUGGACAAAGUGCGCACAACACUGCACCUGGGCGCCGAGCAGGACAACCACGCGGACGCGACCUCCGUCUCCUUCUACCUCCUUCCUGCGGUCUCCGAGUACUGCCUUCUGUCGGUCGCGCUCAUCUACGAGAUCACCGUGCGCAUCGGCCAGCCGAGCUACAUCGAGCUGGAGGACGAGGAGGAGACAGAGGGCGGGGCCAGCCACGACGGCGAGGGCACCAAGUCGGGCCAUACCUCGGACGGCGAAAACCCCACCGUCGAGACGGCCAACCACACCGCACACAAGACAAAGCAGUUGCCGGCCUUCACUAAACGCUCGUUCUCCAGGGUGCUUUCUACUUGCAUCGUUAAGGUUAAAGUUGGAGUGUCUCGUUGUGGCACGAACAUCAAAUCGGGGUAUUGGGCGCCGCUGCUCAUCGUGGUGGCCGUCUCGGUCCUCACAAUCGUGACUGGGGUGUCCCCGGGGACCUCCAAGAUCAUGGCCUGGAAGUGCGCCGUCCUUUUCUCCGAAGAAAUGUUUCUUAACUGCAUGGGUAUCUUCGUCACGUUGGCUUCUUUCUUCAAAGUGCGGCGUCUCAAAUUCACCAUUGCGCCUAGGCAGAGCGUCAUCGAUGAAUUCGUCCUCUAUAUCGCCUUCUUCUUUUCGGCCAACUACCUCGUUGCAACCGUUGCGCUGACCAGCUACUUUAACCGUGUCGAAAAUUCUCCGUACAAAGACCUGCUCAUGGGCCGGCUGGCCCUGAACAUGCUGGAGUUGAUCGAGGUGAUCCUGCAGACCUACCUCAUUCAGGAUUGCUUCCGGCGCUGCAGCGAGGAGGCCUCCCAACAGCGCAUCAAGCCCGGCCGUCAGAUGAUCGCUGUCCUUCUGGGCAUCAACCUGGCCAGCUGGGUGGUCAAGUCCUUCCAGCUGAAGGAAGCCGACAUUCUGUACAACAUGACUAACGACAACGGCGAUAUAGCCUACGGCUGGGUGCUCAUAGCAAUCACAAUGCCCGUUUUUCUCUUCUACCGAUACCACUGCACUGUCUGCUUGUCGCAAGCUUUCACAAUGCUCUAUGAAGACGAAGGGAGCAGCGACAGCUCUCGGGAAGGGCUUUGUGCUCCAAGCAGGAUGAUCAAAAUAGAGGCUGGUGCGAUGGCUGAAAUGUGUCUGAUCGCGUACCUUUUCUCGCAUCCUACCACAGUCAACGACUUUGACGGCGCCCUUUCAACCAAAAUUGCUCCUCGAAGGCAUCUCGUUCAUGGUGCUAGAACACGUCGAUUUGAGGCUCUCUGGCGUCAGAAUCCAAUCUACCUCGCGAACCUGCUGAGUCACACAAAUCUGGCCAUGUGUGAGGACGGCAGCCACCUUCAAGCCAGUGAGAACCCCGCCUCCAUUCGUAUGUCUGGUCGCCGCCUCAAUGAAAUGCUUCACCGAAAAUUCUCUACGCAGUCCUUUCAACAGUUGGAGUACAUGAUGCCACGUCGUGCCAGUUUCUUCCACCCAGGCGCCAUGUCAGCGUCGUCCAGCGCGCACGACACCGACCUCUUUUAUACGCCACACCACGGGAUGCAGCCCUGUCCGGUUGCUGUCAUACACAAAAUGCCAGCUCUUUGCACCCAAAAGAAGCUCUCUGUCCCCAACUUGAAACGCCCUAACGUUCCCGGUGCCAAAGCUUCCCUGAAGAUAAGCCAUCCCUCUCGCAGUCGUCUGACCGAGUCGGAGAGUUUCGAGGGGCCCAACUACUUCCUCUCCCGAAUAAGUCCCGCAGGAAGUGUCCCGAUCGUAAAAAAUGAACACUCGACUCAGACAAUCGCCUUUCCCUACGACCAACGCCAUCAGCCGCCUAACACCGCCUACCAAAGUCACUUAAGGUCAGUUUUACGGUCGCAGCAGCCAGCGCGUUCGAAUGGUGAACCCGCUAGAGGAAGUUCUUCAAUGGUUGAAAAUAAAUUCGAAAACUCCCAACCUCCAGAAGCCGAUGGAAUGCAACGACGCCAAACGCUUGUCAACUUAGAGACGGCCAAGUAUCGCUUUUUGGCCGCCGAGAUGGCCCACAAGCGGGUUCUUGAACGCUCGGGAGAGGGUGGAGUUGAAGGCGGAAAAAAACGCUCAACACGGCGGCCGAAAUCCCGACGAAAACGAGGGCCCGCUCCGAAGUCGCCAGGGUCAGAAAAGAAGGGUAGUAGCUCUCAAAAAACCAACCCCCAAAGUACCGAACCAGUGACUUCUAGUCCGCCUUUGAAUUUCUCUCAACCCUCCGGCCCGUCGACACCUCCACCGCCUUUACAUCCUGUUCGCGGGUUUGAACCCUCAAAGGUGGUACCCUUGUUGAUUGCUCGAAGCAUUUCGAACCAGUCUGAUGGGGCCCCUCUUUCUGUGGUGCCCGAGGAGGGCGGACACGACUUCAACCUCACGCCCUCGCCUUCGCUGGUGCACACCCUGUUGCCCGUUCAAAGCGCCUCAGCAGUCCAACUGUCGGAGGAGGAGGCCAGCAAUGUCACUUCGCAUCACUCCGACACAUUCCAACCACCCGAGAAGGAGAAUGCAAGCGAGUACCUUGGCCCCUACCGUCGGGAAUCCGUCCAAACGGACAUUUUGGAGGCAAAGGUAGAGUCAGGCGCGAAUUCGUCGGUGGUGGAAGAAUUUGAAGCAGAAGAUGUUUCUUCUAUCUCCUCCUUCACGACAGGUGAGGCGCCAGUAACCCCUGCCCUUGAUGACACCAACUACUGUGAUCAGACAGAUACCAACAAAAAGUGCCCUUAA